AUGAAGCCCCCAGCCUCUGUCUGCAACUGUGCCAUCCUGCUGGUCCUGUUGCCGCUGCUGGCUGUCCUCCAGACCACCCAUGCCCAAAAGAAUGCCAUCGACAUCUACAGCCUCACUGUGGACUCCAAGGUCUCCUCCCGGUUUGCCCACACGGUCAUCACCAGCAGGGUGGUCAACAAAGCAGAUUCCAUGCAGGAGGCCACCUUCCAGAUAGAGCUGCCCAAGAAAGCCUUCAUCACCAACUUCUCCAUGAUCAUCGACGGUGUGACCUACCCAGGGAACAUCAAGGAGAAGGAUGCAGCCCAGGAGCAGUACAGUGCAGCCGUGGCCAGAGGGGAGAGUGCUGGCCUCGUCAAGGCCACUGGGAGAAAGAUGGAGCAGUUCCAGGUAUCGGUCAGUGUGGCUCCCGCUGGCAAGGUCACCUUCGAGCUGGUGUAUGAGGAGUUGCUCAAGCGGCGUCUGGGAGUGUAUGAGCUGCUGCUGAAAGUCCAGCCCCGGCAGCUGGUCAAGCACCUGCAGAUGGACAUUCACGUCUUCGAGCCUCAGGGCAUCAGCUUUCUGGAGACAGAGAGCACCUUCAUGACCAAUGAGCUUGCAGAGGCCCUCACCGUCUCACAGAACCAGACCAAGGCUCACAUCCGAUUCAAGCCGACGCUGUCCCAGCAACAGAAGUCUGCAGAGCAAGAGGACACAGUGGUGGAUGGCGACUUCAUCGUCCGCUAUGAUGUGAACCGCACCCUCUCGGGAGGCUCCCUUCAGAUCGAGAAUGGCUACUUUGUGCACUACUUUGCCCCGGAGAGUCUGUCCAUGAUACCCAAGAAUGUGAUCUUCGUCAUUGACACCAGUGGCUCCAUGAUGGGCAGGAAAAUCCAGCAGACUCAGGAAGCCCUCAUCAAGAUCCUAGAGGACCUCAGGCCGGAAGACCACUUCAACCUCAUUACCUUCAGCAGGGAGGCAACCCAGUGGAAGCCAUCUCUGGUGCCAGCUUCGACCCAGAACGUGGAGGAGGCCAAGAAAUAUGCUAACACCCUCAAGGCCCAUGGAGGAACCAAUAUCAACGAUGCGAUGCUGAUGGCCGUGCAGCUGCUGGAGACAGCCGCCCGGGAGGAGCAGCUGCCCUCAGGGAGCGUGUCCCUUCUCCUCCUCCUCACUGAUGGCGACCCCACUGUGGGCGAGACCAACCCCAGCAAGAUCCAGAAGAAUGUGCAGGAGGCCAUAGGCGGUCAGUACAGCCUCUUCUGCCUGGGCUUUGGCUUCGACGUCAGCUACGCCUUCCUGGAGAAGCUGGCGCUGGACAAUGGCGGCCUGGCUCGGCGCAUCUACGAGGACUCGGACUCCGCCCUGCAGCUGCAGGACUUCUACCAGGAGGUGGCCAACCCCCUGCUGACCGCAGUGACCUUCGAGUACCCAAACAAUGCUGUGGAGGAGGUCACGCAGGACAACUUCCGGCUGUUCUUCAAGGGCUCCGAGAUGGUAGUGGCCGGGAAGCUCCAGGCCCAGAGCCCUGAGGUGCUCUCAGCCCAAGUCAGCGGGAAACUGCCCACGGAGAACAUCACCUUCCAAGUGGAGUCCCAGGUGGCAGAGCAGGAGGAGGAGUUCCGAAAGCCCAAGUACAUCUUCCACGGCUUCAUGGAGAGACUCUGGGCGUACCUGACCAUCCAUCAACUGCUGGAGCGAAUGGUUUCCGCAUCCGAUGCUGAUAAGAACGUCCUGGAGAAGCAAGCUCUGGGCUUGUCGCUCAACUAUAGCUUUGUCACCCCCCUCACGUCCAUGGUGGUGACCAAACCAGAAGGCCAAGAACAGUCUCAAGUUGCUGAGAAGCCCGUGGAAAGUGAAAAGGUUCCCUCAGCAGGAGUUUCCAUGCACGCUCAACGUUAUGACCUGAACAACAAGAGAGCGGGACCACCUGGAUUGAGUCUUUCUGGUAUUAAUCAUCAUCCAUUCUAUCUUGAUCAUCGGGACUUGAUCCUAAUGCGCGGGAUAGAAACAAGCCCUACAGCCCCACCACCAGCCUCCAUCCAGGCUCCCACCGUCAUCCUGCCUCUGCCGGGGCAGAGCGUGGACCAGGUCUGCGUGGACAUCAAGCGCACCCCGGAGCCAUUAUUACUCCUGCUCUCAGACCCUGACCAAGGUCUCGAGGUGACUGGGGAGUAUAAUAUGCAGAAGGCCCAGUUCUCCUGGAUCAAGGUGACUUUCAAGAAUCCCCAGCUGCAGGUCCGCGUGUCCCCUGAGCAUGUGGUCGUGACUAGGGGCCGAAGAAGCUCUGAGUACAAAUGGAAGGAGACGCUGUUUGUGGUGAUGCCUGGCCUCACGAUGACCAUGGACAAGGCAGGGCUCCUGCUGCUCAGCAGCCCAGACAAAGUGACCAUCGGCCUGCUGUCCUGGGACGGCCCUGGGCAGGGGCUUCGGCUGCUUCUGCGGGACACUGACCGCUUCUCCAGCCGCGUCGACGGGAUCCUUGGCCGCUUUUACCAGGGCGUGCUCUGGGGGCCGCCAGAUGCCACAGAUGACAGCAAGCGAACACUGAGGACUCAUGGGUUUGACUACAGUGCCACCAGAGAGCUCAAGGUGGAUUACCAAGAGGGGACCCCAGGAACAGAGAUUUCCUGCUGGUGUGUCGAACUAUAG